UGGUUUUGCUGUGAGAGGCGUGACGCUCCCGCACCAAAGAUCGAUGCACGCCCUGAGGUCUCAGGAUUGGGUUUCUUGCGGAAGGCUUCUUGUGGAUUGGCGUCCACUGCAGGACUGUCCCGCCGUCGUCGUCGUCACCGACGACCGGCCCCCUCCGCAGGCGUUUUGGCCCGGGCCGCGGCCUCCGAGUUUUUUGGUUCGCAUGUGGCCCCCUAUCCGCCGCGCGGGGGGGGCGCGGGAGCACGCGUGCCGCAUGCAGGCCUCGUGGUCGUGCAGCACCCUGGGAGGCGCCAGGCCCGAGCAGGACCCGAGACGACCUGUCUGGCAAGCAGCCCCCGAAGCCAGACGACCAGGCCAGGAUGCGAUUCGGCUUCAAGCCGCGGCGCGCGACGCAGCCUCAGGAGGGCGCGGCUUCGACGCCGCGGCCCUCCCGAGCCCCGCGCGCUCCAGGUGCGGGGUGCCUCACGGCACUCCCCCGCGGCAGGCGCCGCCAUUGUCGGCCAGGACGGAUGGCGCCGCUUGCCCUGCCGGCGUCAGCAGCGCCGCCCACUUCGAGUCCGUGAGCCUAGUGGAGGUAUUGGACGCGAAGUUUGGCGAUUCGCAGGACGUCAAGGAGUUGCUGAACACAAAAUUAGUCACGGACCCGCGGGUCUUCAAGGAACGCAUCGCCGAGGUGACCGACCUCAACACCAAGCUGAAGGA